AUGGGCGCGGGGCAGUCGGCGAAUGGCGAAGCGAUUUCCAGGCCGAGCUCUGGCAGGAUACCCAUGAUAAGAGCUGAUGUUCAGCUGAUUGUCUAUGAUCUUGAUGGCUCUGCGGAAGUUUUCGUGCUGAACCAAAUGCUGCGACCCCUUGGUACCGGCGUCUUCCACUGCGGUGUGCAGGUUCUGAACCAGGAGUGGAGCUUUCGCGGGAGCCGCUGCGAAGGCACUGGCGUCUUCUGCUGCCAGCCCCGGACCUGCGCCAACCUGACGCCCCGGGAGGUGGUGCCGCUGGGCUCGGUGCUGCUGCCCGAGGGCCAGGUGGAGACAAUCCUGGAGCAGAUGAAGCACGAGUGGCCUGGUCGAGGCUACAAUGUGCUGCGGCGCAACUGCGGACAUUUCUGCAAGGAGUUCAGCCAGCGAUUGGGGGUCGGACCGCUACCAAUUUGGGUGACCAAUCUGGCCAGCACGGGCGCAGACUUAGCCACGAUUCCGGAUCAGGUCAAGUCGCUCUGGUCCGGCCUCGUCGACCAACUCCCCGAUUUCACUGACACCAGCGAGGACGUGGAGAAUCUGAAUCCGGGCUCGCAGCCUCUUCCUCCACGAGUGCUUGUGUCGCGAUCUGUACCGCUGGCGCGAGCCGUGGCGCGAAGCCUGGGGCACAGCUGUCCGGAAGGUGCAACCGCUCCGACCCUGCUGACGACCCGCACUGUACAGGAACCCAGCUGCGUGCGGAUGCAGGGCACCCGCGGAGUCAGCCAGUGGCAAGGCUUUGACGCCGAGGAGGAGGUGGUUCAGUGCUGCUUCUAG